GAUACGGGUGCGCGCCGCGGGGCGUCUGUGUGCUGUGCGGGAGGUGUCAGAGUGCAGAGACAGAGGGCUAUGGAGGUCAGUCCAGGUGACCUGUGUCCCGGCCCCGACUGUUACGGCGCUGCAGCGGAGCUCACCGGACCAGUGCGCGUGUUCGCCAACGCGAAGGAACGAGAUCGAACCAACAACGUGAACACGGCCUUCAGCCGGCUGCGGACCAUGAUACCGACCCAGCCGGCCGACAGGAAGCUCUCCAAGAUCGAGACGCUGCGACUGGCCUGCAGCUACAUCACACACCUGGACACCCAGCUGUCGGCAGGAAACGUCAGCAGUCCGUGCAUGCGAGAGGCCGGACCGGGCAGCGGAAGAGUGGUCUGCACCUUCUGCCUGGCCGAAAAACGUUUGCAGAGGCAGCGGCAGGGCUCAGGGCCGUCGCGGACAGCCGAGCUGGCGGUCAGGGGGGCUGCGGCAGCCCCGCCGGCGCCGUACCGCCCUGCGCUGGAGCCCGCUGCCGUCUCGGCCAGCCAGGCCGCGGUCGGUGCAGGGACGUCCGUGCCCACCCCGCUGGAGGCCGCCUACAGCCUCUGCCCGGUGACGUCAGCGGCCGUCUUCUUCCCGGGGAUGGCCCCGUUCGUCCAGUAUGAGCUUGGACGGUAAAUGGAUGUCACUGAGCUGCGUACUCCGACUGCCCUGUUCUGUCGUGAAACAUUUUAUGCAGAGCACCAUGGAGACUCGCUGAUCGGUGUCCAAGUGCACGAGCUCUGGGUCCGUUAUUAACGAGCUAGAAUCAGCUCACAUGAUGUCAACAGUCUAGCGAACGUGACGCGUGCUUGUGAAUGUCUCGUACUUAUUGCUAGUACCUAUAACUUGACCUGUCUUUAUGAACCAUUAAUAGGACAGCUAUUUUACCUACUAUCACGUUAUAUUUAAACGGUCGUAAUUGCAUUGUUCGAGGCCGAUCUGCAAACGAUGUCUGAAUAGGCGAAUGAUUGGAUAGUGGUCCGAGUCCCGAGAGAUGAUUUACGCUGGUUGUCGGAGAGCUCGGAUAGAUAUCUACGAGACUGUGUGUUUCCAAUGUUUGAUAUUGGCCGAGUGUGUCAGCGGCCUGCUCAGGUGGGUCACUGAGGAUCAACAGGAUAUAGAUGGACUCUGGGAGAUAAUCCAGUGUCUUUCUGCAGUGUUCAGCAUCUCACCUAUGACCUCGGCCGAUAUAGUACCAAUCAGACAUGUGCAUGGAUCAGAGAAAAUGGAUCUGGGAUCUGAUCCCACGGAUCCUGAUCUCGGAUCCGUCGGGAUCAUAGAUCCAGCUCUUUAAUUUAUCGAGAGAUUCGUAGGGAUCAUAGAUCCGAGUCUAGUAUUUUUGCUUGAGAUCCAGUGGGAUCAUAGAUCCUCAUUUAUUUUUGGUCAACACAGAAAUCCCAAAAGAUCACUCGUUGCAACUCACAAACAUUCUUAUUUAGUGCUUUUAUGUGAUAACACGUCAUAAUCCAUAGUUUUAUGGCACUUAUUGACAUAGAAACACUUGGAAACCUGGUUUCAAAUGUUGUUCAUGGUGGGAUCCACUCAGAUCAUAGAUCCAUGCUUUUGGUUUAUCGUCAGAUCCUGUGAGAUCAUAGAUCCAAGAUAAAUUUUUCACGCCGGAUUCUGUGGGAUCAUAGAUCCGAACCUACAAUUUGCCUCGAGAUCCACUGAGAUCAUAGAUCCAUCACUCGGAUCCAUGCACAUGUCUGGUACCAAUAAUUUUUGGUAACCAUUGUUCUUCAUCGGUGUGCUAAUGUGAUGUUUGAUUGUAAAGCGUGGUCGAGUUUACCAAACCUCAGGCGCUACAGUGAUCAUUUUGACGGUUAUUUGUUCGUAGGUGCACACAUGAGAUCGUUAAAAUCUGCAACUAUGAAUAGAAUAAAUCGACUAGCAAGUAAGUUCCAUUAACCCGUUCAGAAAUAAACAUUCUAGUGGAUAGCGUAAUACGGCGAGUGGAAUAAAUGUCGAUACAUUA